CUGCUGGGUGGCGAGGAGCAGCGCUGCCUCCUGGAGGCUGCAGAGGAGCUGGGCCUGGCCGCCGGCGCCCUGGGCUUCCUGCCCUUCGACACGCUCCACUACGCCCUGUCCCCGGGCCCGGAGGCCGUGUCCGUGCUGGCCAACAGCUCACAGCUGCGCCGGGCCCACGAUGCGGUGCUCACCCUCACGCGCCGCUGUGCCCCGGGGGGCAGCGUGCUGGACGCCCUGCGCAGGGCCCAGGAGCAGCGGGAGCUGCCCCCCGACCUUAACCUGCAGCAGGUAUCCCCACUCUUCGGCACCAUCUAUGAUGCGGUCUUCUUGUUGGCGGGGGGCGUGGCGCGAGCUCGGGCGGCGGUAGGUGGCAGCUGGGUGUCCGGAGCAGCUGUGGCCCACCACAUCCAGGAUGUCCAGGUCCCGGGUUUCUGCGGGGCCCUGGGAGGAGCCGAGGAGCCCCCGCUUGUGCUGCUGGACACAGAUGAGGCGGGGGACCAGCUGUUCGCCACAUACAUGCUGGACCCCACCCGGGGCUUCUUCCGCUCUGCUGGGACCCCAGUGCAUUUCCCUGGAGGGGGCCAGGGGCCUGGGCCUGAUCCCUCUUGCUGGUUCGACCCAGACAUCAUCUGCAACGGAGGAGUGGAUCCGGGCCUCGUCUUUAUCGGCUUCCUCCUGGUGGUCGGGAUGGGGCUGACAGGGGCCUUCCUGGCGCAUUAUGUGAGGCACCGGCUACUUCACAUCCAAAUGAUCUCAGGCCCCAACAAGAUCAUCUUGACUCUGGACGACAUCACCUUCCUCCACCCACAAGGGGGCAGCUCUCAAAAGGUGGCCCAGGGUAGCAGUCGGUCGAGUCUGGUGGCCCGCAGCAUGUCAGACAUUCGCAGCGUCCCCAGCCAGCCUGCAGAUAGCUCCAACAUCGGCCUCUACGAGGGAGACUGGGUUUGGCUGAAGAAAUUCCCCGGGGAUCAGCACAUAGUUAUCCGCCCAGCAACCAAGACAGCCUUCUCCAAGCUCCGGGAGCUGCGGCACGAGAACGUGGCCCUCUACCUGGGGCUCUUCCUGGCGGGGGGAGCGGACAGCGCCGCGGCCCCCGGGGAGGGCAUGCUGGCCGUGGUCUCGGAGCACUGCGCCCGGGGCUCCCUGCACGACCUCCUCGCCCAGAGAGACAUCAAGCUGGACUGGAUGUUCAAGUCCUCCCUGCUACUGGACCUCAUCAAGGGAAUGAGGUACCUGCACCACCGAGGCGUGGCCCAUGGGCGACUUAAGUCCCGGAACUGCGUGGUGGACGGGAGGUUUGUGCUUAAAGUCACCGACCACGGCCACGGGCGGCUCCUGGAAGCGCAGAGGGUGUUAGCAGAGCCUCCCAGCGCGGAGGGUAGGACGCCCUGGCUGCCCCUGGCGCGGACGAGCAGCCCCGGGGUCCCCAUCAUUUCAAGGCCCUUCUCUCCCUCCGCCCUCGCUUUCUCUCCAUCUCUCAUCUACUGGACGCGACUCCUCGGCGUGGGCAUCAUCAUGCAGGAGGUGGUGUGCCGCAGCGCCCCCUACGCCAUGCUGGCGCUGACACCCGCGGAGGUCGUGCAGAGGGUGCGGAACCCCCCUCCGCUGUGCCGGCCCUUGGUUUCCGUGGACCAGGCUCCCAUGGAGUGCAUCCAGCUGAUGACACAGUGCUGGGCAGAGCAACCGGACCAUCGGCCCUCCAUGGACCGCACCUUCAGCCUGUUCAAGAGCAUCAACAAGGGCCGGAAGACCAACAUUAUCGACUCGAUGCUGCGGAUGCUGGAGCAGUACUCCAGCAACCUGGAGGACCUGAUCCGGGAGCGCACGGAGGAGCUGGAGCUGGAAAAGCAGAAGACAGAGCGGCUCCUCACGCAGAUGCUGCCUCCGUCUGUGGCUGAAGCUCUGAAGAUGGGGACCCCUGUGGAGCCCGAGUAUUUCGAGGAGGUGACACUGUACUUUAGCGACAUCGUGGGCUUCACCACCAUCUCCGCCAUGAGUGAGCCCAUCGAAGUAGUGGACCUGCUCAACGACCUCUACACGCUCUUUGAUGCCAUCAUCGGCUCCCACGAUGUCUACAAGGUGGAGACCAUUGGGGACGCCUACAUGGUGGCCUCCGGGCUGCCCCAGCGGAACGGGCAGCGGCACGCGGCAGAGAUCGCCAACAUGGCCCUGGACAUCCUCAGCGCCGUGGGCUCCUUCCACAUGCGCCACAUGCCCGCGGUGCCCGUGCGCAUCCGCAUCGGCCUGCACUCGGGUGAGCCCGCCGCCCGCGCUGGGAGCUCCCCCUCCGCCCGGCUCCGGAUUCCGGGACAGGAGCGGGGCGGGCGCUUGCCGGGGAGCUACCUUUGCGUGCAGGCGCUCCGGUGCAAUGAGGGGAGCUGUAGCUAUCCCCGCCGAGUAGCAGGACCUGGGCCCUGCCCUCCCGACUCCCAUUCCCGACCCCUGAGGCCGCCCUCUCCCUGCAGGGCCAGCAACCACGGCAUCAAUCUGCAUGAGAUACCCCCCGAGCGGCGCCAGAAGCUGGAGAGGGCGAGGCCGGGCCUGUUCCCGGGAAAGUGACGCGGCUGGGACAGGUCACCCCCAGAAGGUCCUCUUCCUGACAGUUGCUGCUGUAGGCGACCACAUCUGCCUACUACCCGCCGGUGGCUUCUGUGCAGCUUUUCGUCCAAGGAUUCUGGGCCUUUGAAGAUCUGGUUGCCAACCAGCUGUGUGACCUUGGGAAGGCCUGGUCCCUCUCUGGGCUUGGGUUCCCCUCCAUGGUGAAAUGCGGAGUGGCCUAGGUGGUGUCCACACCCCUGGCUCUGACAGCUGGGUUUUAGAAUGGUUGGCCUUGGGAUACAGGGCACUGGGCAUGUGACCUCCAGCCCCAGUGACCCUGAGACCAGCAGGAUGUUGAGAUAGGGGGUGGGAGGGGGGGUUCUCCACUUUCCAGGGCUUCUUAAGGCACCAGGAAGGAGGUUCUGGGAUUGGAUGCCCCAACCCCAGAGAAGGUGACCUCCUGUCCCACCAGAGUAGGGGAUGUCACACAGGCUGAAGAUGUGAGGGCUUCCAUUUAGCCUCAAGUGUCAGUCCCUGCUCCAUCCCCCACCAGUCAGGAACUGGCUCCUGCACUUGUGGGCAUAGCCUCGUAACUUGCCUAAAUGCAGAGAAAAGCUUGCUUCAAGGCGCUGGAGAAAGAAAAGCAAACCAACUGCACCAAACCUUUACUCACCAGAACACCCAAGGGAUAGUAGUGUUCUCAGCUUAACUGGCAGCCAACCCCAUGCUGGCAAGUCCCCGCUGAAGCGUCUUUUGUGGAACUCUGAUGUUCCAGAGCAUGGGCCUCGGCAUGUCUGACUGGAUGUCCUUCCCCAUCGCUGCAGACCAUGUUAGAAUUUAGCAGGUGCGGCGGGCACCCAGGCUGCCACUCUAAGUAGUGAGCAUCCAGCCCCUGGAAGUAUGCAAGUAGAACUGGAGACACCAUUGACCAAGGACAUAGCCAGAGGGAAUUCCUGGGUGGAAGGAUGAACUAAAUCCUCAAUAUGCAAAGUGUGGUUGGUGGACCAGCAGCAGUGACAUCACCUUGGAGUUUGUUAGAAAUGCAGAAUCUCAGGCCCAUGGAACUAAUGCUCCUGGGAUCCCUAAUAUUUCAGAAUCUCUAAGAUGUCCUGAAAACCAGGCUAGAAACUAGCCUGAGACUUGUUCUGAUUGGCCAAUGGGGUGAUUUUUAUUUUGUUUGAGUUAACAUUUUAAAAUCAAGAGAUGCCACAUUCAGCCCCAGCCGGUU